AUGUUACAAAGCGGCAUCGCGGCCAAACUGCAUCGUCCGCAUUCACUCCCCUUCCGUCGCAAACGCUUAGUCCCUCCCGUCGCCCACGCGGAGUCCCCUAGAACAAGCGCGCUCACUCCCCUUCCAUCGUAUACGCGCACACCCCUCCGUCGCCCACGCUCACUCCCUCCCGUCGCCCACUCUCACUCCCUCCCGUCGCCCACGCUCCCUCCCUUGUCGUCGCCCACGCUCCCUCCCUUGUCGUCGCCCACGCUCCCUCCCUUCUCGUCGCCCACGCUCCCUCCCUUCUCGUCGCCCACGCUCCCUCCCUUCCCGUCGCCCACGCUCCCUCCCUUCCUGUCGCCCACGCUCCCUCCCUUCCCAUCGCCCACGCUCCCUCCCUUCCCGUCGCCCACGCUCCCUUCCUUCCCGUCGCCCACGCUCCCUCCCUUCCCGUCGCCCGCGCUCCCUUCCUUCCCGUCGCCCACGCUCCCUCCCUUCCUGUCGCCUACGCUCCCUCCCUUCCCGUCGCCCGAGCUCCCUCCCUUCCCGUCGCCCGCGCUCCCUCCCAAUCCCUCACCUCCCCAUCCCUGCUGCGGUUGCUGUAAAUGA